GUGACGCUUAUGUGACAGCCAGCUAGGACAGUCUUCAUUCAGUUUCAGUGCUGUAUCUCGAAAGGAGUUCGUCUCAGAUGUCCGUCACAAAAUAUUUACAAACAAAGUGAGUGACAUCUGUCUUCAAAGAAUGGACCAUCAGAUUGACGACCCAAAGCUUGCUUUUGCUUACCUCCGUCCAGCCUGUGUGCUCCUAACUCGUGAGCCCACGGUGGGCAAUGUGGAAACCCUGAGCACACAGCUGAGGCAUGUAAAUCAUGGAACUCUGCAGCAGCUGCAGGACUAUGUCCUUUUUCCUCUCCGCUUCAUCCUGAAAAUCCCUGGCCCCAAGCGGGAUGGCUUGAUCCAGGCUGUGGCCGAGGCCAUGGGAUAUGUCCUGGAGAACACCUGUGUACGGAGCUGGGAGACGCUGAGGGACCUUCUCUCUGAGCUCUGCCUCUGCCUCUGCUCCCCCACGGACCCAGGGAAGCCAGCACCUACCUCAGAGGAGCUGAGAGCUGCAGUACUGAGGUGCCUGGAUGCUCUGCUCCAUGCAGCCUAUGGUGACGUGGUCUUCAAGCUGUUUGAGCCCAUCAUGCUGCCUGGCCUUGGGGCUGCUAUCUCCCUGCUGCUGGCACUGGGAGAGCAGGAGAAGUCCCGCACCGUGCAGGCUGCUGCUCUGAAAUGCCUGCAGGCCCUGACCCUCCAGUGUGACUGUUCUAUGGACCAUGUGUUGGUGGGUCAGAAGGAGAGGCGUAUCCUAGGCAGUACCAUGGCUUCUUUCUUACCUGGGAUCACCAUCGCUGUGAGCCGUGUGAUCACUGGCGAUAUGAGACAUGGACAUGCUGUCACAGUUAGGGCCAUUAAGGUGUGGUUCAAGACAGUGGGAUUGGUGAUGGCUGACGACCAGCUUCAGAACACAGGGACUGGGGAGAGACAGCUGUGGGAACUGGGGAGAGUAUGGGAGCUGGUAGUGCAGAGAACUCAGGACUGGGUGCGAAACACCUCUGGGAGGCUGGCCUUACUGUUAAAAAAGAUCAUCUCCUGCACCUCAGCCCAUCAGCACUGGAGAGUGAGGCUUGAGAUGGUGAACUUCUCAGACCACCUCCUGGCCAACUGUAGCUCCUCCCUGGGUGAGUGUGUGGGCCCCCUCCUGGAGGCUCUGGUGGGGGCUGUGAACGAUGAGGAGCCCACUGUGAGGGAGAGGUGUGAAGCUGCCCUGAGGGAGGUGGCAGAGAGGCAUCAGAGCUCAGAUAGUAACAACCAGGCCUUUACUGACGUGCUGUCAGAGAACCUCCACUCCCUGGCCACCUCGCUGCCGCGCCUCAUGAGGACAUCUGAUGACCAGCGUAAGGUGUUUGUCCUCAACGUGUUCCUAGGCUACCUCAAAAUCCUGGGCCCCAAGGUGAUAGUGGUACUCAACUCGGCGGCCCACCUCCAGCGGGUGUCCAAGGCCCUGAUGCAGGUGUUGGAGUUAGACGUGAUGGACGUACGCAUCGUGGAGGAGAGGAGCUCUGCCGUAACUGUGGAGACGGGGCCCGGACCACAUGGGGCACAUGCUCAGAGGAGGCACUUCCUCUACUUCACAGACAAAAGAAUCUUAUCCCUGCUCAAGGAGAUCUGCAGGGUGUUAGGUUACUAUGGGAACGUCUAUCUCCUAGUAGAUCACUUCAUGGAUCUGUACAAGGAGUCGUCAGUCUACAGGAAGCAAGCUGCAAUGGUGCUGAAUGAGGUGAUCACAGGAGCAGCAGGCAUCGGUGUGGCAGGAGGCCAGGAGAGGCAGGGAGUGCCCAGUCAGGAGGACCUGAAAGCAGUAGUAGAAUCCAUCAUAGAGGAGUACAUCUGCCUGAGCCACUGGCACCUGCCAACCCUUAUUGGUGAGGAGUCAGACAGAGGGGAACAGGAGCAGCAAACUCAGUUUAGUCUCUUCUCCAUAUCUAAUGGGGUUGAAGGGAAAGGGAAUCCCCUCCAGUUGGUCCAAGCAGUCCACAAGAGCUCCACCAUCCACGAGCUGAACAGCAACAUCUGGCAGAUCUGCAUCCAGUUGGAGGGGAUAGGCUGCUUCGCCCAGGCCUUGGGGAUGGACUUCCGUCUCAUUCUGAUGACAUCACUGUACCCGGUUCUGGAGAAGGCCGGGGAUGAAACCCUGAUGGUCAGCCAGGCAGCGCUGGAUGCCAUGUGGGAUAUCAGCCAGGCCUGUGGAUACGCCUCCCUGAAGGAGCUGAUCAAUGAGAACUCAGAUUACCUGCUGAACGACGUGUCUUUGAACCUCCAGAGGCUGGGUGUCCACCCCCAUGCCCCCAGGGUCCUCACCGUCAUGUUCAGUCACUCCGACCCCAGCCUGCUGCCUCUGGUGGGGGACAUAGUCCAGGACGUGCUGAUGGCUCUGGACAUGAGCUACGACGAGACAUCCCCUCUGUUCUGCACUGUACUGCACUCACUUAUGAAGGCUCUAGCGAGGUGGUUCCCAUCUAGUGUUGCGGGAACAAGUGACGCUUUGGGAACCAAGAAGGUGUGGCGUGAGCAGGACCAGCUGAAUGUGCGGCAGUUUCUCCUGGACUACCACAAACAGAAGGAGCUGGCAGUGGGCAUCGGGGCAGAGGAGGAGGGCACCGAGCACCCAGAGCUCCCGCCAAGCAUGGACUGUGAAGAGGAUAUGGAUGGUCCUGAUGUGAAAGUUGAGCUUCCAGCCCACAUCACCAUAGCUAAAGACGUCAUGGAGCGCUGCAUUCACCUGCUCUCAGACCCCAGCCUGAGACUCAGACUCAAGGUCCUGGAUGUGUUGGAACUGUGUGUGUGUGUGCUAAGUCAGAAGGAGAAUGAGUUACUGCCCAUGGCCCACCGCUGCUGGCCUGCCCUGCUGCUCAGACUUACUGCUGAUGACCCAUUAGCUGUCCUCCGAGCCUUCAGGGUUUUGUGCACAUUGGGGGAAACCUGCAGAGAUUUCCUGAGGAAGAGGGUGUCAAAAGAGGUGAUCCCCAAGCUGACUGCCUGGCUGUCCAAACAGGCGCCAGUGAGUGCCAGGGCUGGCCCAGUCUACAGCCACACCCUGGCCUACAAGUUACAGCUGGCUGUGCUGCAGGGCCUGGGGGCUCUCUGCCUUCAUCUGGACCUAGGGGACUCAGAUAUGGAUGCUGUAACUGAAUCCUGCCUGCCCUACCUCAGCUGCAGACAGCCACCCAAACUGCAAGAGGCCUGUCUGAGUGUCUUCCUCCGCCUAAUAGAAGUGGAUCCUGAUGCCUUCUGGUUGACUCUGAACGAGCUGUACUGUCCCUGCUCCUACAACCCGCCCCACCCUGACCUGCAGCCUGUGGAGCUAAGUGGGAUGGGCCUCCCGAGGAAUGAAUACACAGAUAAUGUCUUGAAACUCCUGGAGGACUUUGGCUUGCCUGAGGACACACAGCCAGCAGGGAUCCAGAUCCAAUGAGCUGCGCUGAUGAACAGUACCCCAGUCAUCCACCCGUCUGUCCCCAAGUAGAGAAAGGAACACUACACUGACGACAGCCUCAGGAGAGCAUAGCUUGUCCUAGUCUUCCCCCAACCUCUUUUCAGGGACUCUGCCUUGCAGACUUCAUCCUAUAGUUUAACAGUGACUUUGAAACACCAAAAUGUUAAGUGCUGAUUCUGUUGUGUUGGUUAAGGGUGUACAUAUUCCAAUGUGCUGCCAAGGGAUGGACAAACGACCAGUAUUUUGAAUGUAAAGGAAAAAAAGUAUUAGUAAUUAAUAGUCCUCUUUUUAAUAAACAAUUAUUGUUUUUUUUAUUAUAACAGAAAUGCAUUUUUCCUGACCUCUUCGUUGUAACUGCUUAGCCUUUCAUACAAGUAGCUGUAGCAAUCUAUGCCAUAAUUGAGCUUUUCUACCGUAAGUAGAGUGGCAGAGCUUUCAUUUGCCUGCAAAUCUGGCUUUGUUUAAAUGUAUGUUAUUUUUUUCACCAGGUAGGCCAGUUGAGAACAAGUUCUCAUUUACAACUGCGACCUGGCCAAGAUAAAGCAAAGCAGUGCAACACAACAACACAGAGUUACACGUGGGAUAAACAAAAGUACAGUCAAUAACACAAUAGGAAAAUCUAUAUACAGUGUGUGCAAAUGGAUUAAGGAGGUAAGACAAUAAAUCAAAUCAAGUUUAUUUUAUAUAGCCCUUCGUACAUCAGCUAAUAUCUCAAAGUGCUGUACAGAAACCCAGCCUAAAACCCCAAACAGCAAGCAAUGCAGGUGUAGAAGCACGGCAGAUAGGAAAAAGUCCCUAGAAAGGCCAAAACCUAGAGAGGAACCAGGCUAUGAGGGGUGGCCAGUCCUCUUCUGGCUGUGCCGGGUGGAGAUUAUAACAGAACAUGGCCAAGAUGUUCAAAUGUUCAGAAAUGACCAGCAUGGUCAAAUAAUAAUCAGGAGUAAAUGUCAGUUGGCUUUUCAUAGCCGAUCAUUAAGAGUAUCUCUACCGCUCCUGCGCUCUCUAGAGAGUUGAAAACAGCAGGUCUGGGACAGGUAGCACGUCCGGUGGACAGGUCAGGGUUCCAUAGCCGCAGGCAGAACAGUUUAAACUGGAACAGCAGCAAGGCCAGGUGGGUUGGGGACAGCAAGGAGUCAUCAUGCCCGGUAGUCCUGACGCAUGGUCCUAGGGCUCAGGUCCUCCGAGAGAGAGAAAGAAAGAGAGAAGGUGAGAAUUAGAGAGAGCAUACUUAAAUUCACACAGGACACCGGAUAAGACAGGAGAAGUACUCCAGAUAUAACCAACUGACCCUAGCCCCCCGACACAUAAACUACUGCAGCAUAAAUACUGGAGGCUGAGACAGGAGGGGUCAGGAGACACUGUGGCCCCAUCCGAUGAUACCCCCGGACAGGGCCAAACAGGAAGGAUAUAACCCCACCCACUUUGCCAAAGCACAGCCCCCACACCACUAGAGGGAUAACUUCAACCACCAACUUACCAUCCUGAGACAAGGCCGAGUAUAGCCCACAAAGAUCUCCACCAUAGCACAA